AUCAGGAGCAGGGGGAUGGACAGAGAACAACAGCAGCUUCUGGCUGACUGACAGGUGGGUCACACAGUGUGUGUAGCCUCGGUGUGGACGGUCAAUGUGUUUUUAUCAUCUCGCUGUGUUGUGCGGCUCCACAGUGGAACAGCAGCGACCGUGCUGCAGCGCUACAGGUGCACACGCGGCCGUGUCCUUCACAAGAACACAAGGUCUCUGCAGACAGAAGGAUAUCAAGAAAAUAAUCCUGAGAAAAACAAAACAAUGUUGCUGAAAUUCCCUUUUGGGCUUAUCUCCUUUAGCCAUACUGAAAUCCUCCUUAGCCGAAAACCAUAGAGGAAGUGACAGGGAGGAAGGAUGGACUCUAUUUCUAUGAUGGGUGGAAGCAGGAGCCACAUGUUCCUCACAGCCUCCUCCUCUCAACACGUCAAUCAUGCCCAGGCCUGUUUCCUGCCCAACGGCAUUAAGAAUGGAGUUGGAGAUACUGGCACCACUUGUGUUUCUACCCAGCCUACAGUGGCCAUCCUGGGCUCAGGUGACUUCUCCAAGAGCCUUACCAUCCGCCUGCUGUGUCGGGGUUUCCAUGUGGUUGUGGGCAGUCGCCAUCCCAAACUGGCAGCCCAGUCAUUUCCCCAUGUGGUGGACGUAACGCACCAUGAAGACGCUGUGGGGAAGGCUAGUGUCGUGUUCCUGGCAAUCCGCCGUGAGCAUUAUGCUGUCCUGUGGGACCUCAAACAUCUACUGGAAGGAAAGUACCUGGUGGAUGUGAGUAAUAACAGGAGGGUGAACCAGUAUCCAGAAUCGAACGCUGAAUAUCUGGCUUCACUGCUGCCGAACUCUAUAGUGGUCAAAGGCUUCAACGUCAUCUCAGCAUGGGCCAUGCAGCAGAGCUGCCCCAAAGAUGCCAGCACACAGGUAUUCAUCUGCAGUGACUCAGUGGAGGCUCGACGGCAAAUUAUGGAGUUAGCCCGCCAGCUCAACUUCCAGCCCGUGGAUAUGGGCGCCUUGUCUUCUUCAAGGGACAUUGAGAACAUGCCCAUACAAUUAUUUCCUGGUUGGAGGGGCCCAGUCCUAGCUGCUGUGGCCCUCUCUAUCUUCUUUUUUGCCUACUCUUUUGUACGAGAUAUUAUCCACCCAUAUGUGAAAUACAAGCAGAGUGACUUUUACAAGAUCCCCAUUGAGAUAGUCAAUCGGACACUGCCCACUGUUGCUAUCACUCUUUUGGCCCUUGUGUACCUGGCAGGCCAGCUGGCUGCUGCCCACCAGCUCUAUUAUGGUACUAAGUACAGACAUUUCCCACAUUGGCUGGAGGGGUGGCUGCAGAGCCGAAAACAGAUGGGCCUCCUCAGCUUCUUUCUGGCUGCUGUCCACGUUCUCUACAGCCUCUGUCUGCCCAUGAGGAGAUCGGAGAGGUACCUGCUGCUCAACACUGCCUACCAGCAGGUCCAUGCUAACGUGGAGAAUGCGUGGAAUGAGGAGGAGGUGUGGAGGGUGGAGAUGUAUGUUUCCUUUGGGAUCAUGAGUCUUGGGCUCCUGUCACUUUUGGCCAUCACCUCCAUUCCAUCCGUCUACAGCAUGCUCAACUGGAGGGAGUUCAGCUUUAUACAGUCCACUCUGGGCUACAUUGCUCUGCUCAUUGCCACCUUCCAUGGCCUGCUGUUUGGCUGGAAGCGGGCCUUUGAGGAGGAGGCCUACCGUUUCUACCUGCCCCCCAGCUUCGUGGUGGCCCUGGCCCUGCCGGUGAUUGUGAUACUGGGAAAGGUGGUGAUUCUGCUUCCCUGUGUUGCCUGCAAGCUCCAUCGGAUCCGCCGGGGAAUGGAUAGCUGUCAGUACCGGUGCCAGCGCCUGGAGCCAGUGGGUUCAGCUGCCCAUGUUUCACCUGAGAGAGUCACCAUCAUGUGAUCACUGCAGCACAUAGCUAUCUGCUCCUUUACUUAGGGUUUCACACAUACUGCCACAUGCCAUACAAACAAAGACUAUUUACUCAUGUGAUGAAAAUGCAAUAUUGUUCUCACUUUGUUAUUGAUAACAGUGUUUCCUGACAUGUGAAUUAUGUACUUGUGUGAUUGUGUUCCAGAUGUUUGCCCAAACUGUAAAACUGUAUAUUAUUUCCUUGACAUUGUCCUAUCAAUAUGUUCCAAGUACCUGGCAAUAUUUCACCAACAUUUUCAUGUUGAGUACACUCAGAUACACAUUAGUCAUUAAUGAAAAGGGUAAGACCACAAUUUUUCCACUUAAAGGUAACUUUACUAGUUCUACUCAGCCUAUGAAAGCAAUAGUGUGAACAAGUCUGAGAAAGUAACCCCAAUGAUGUCAUAGGGUGGAGAUAAGAGAUUUAACUCAUGAAAUCUAUGUGUCUACCAGGCAGGGAUGUUUAAUGAAAAGACACUUCUGAGUCUCUCUUCUGAUCGAGUAACUGUUUUCUGAGUGAUGUAUGUGCCUGUCACAUGGUAAAACAUAAUAAUCAACAACUGUUAUUUAAUACAACAAAUGGAAACAAUGGUCAAUGCUAAGAAAAUCAGAUAAGACGUGGAUAUCUCCCUUUUUACAAUUUUGCAACUUUUAAGACAUUAAGACUUUUUACUUUUAAGGAAUACACAUGAAUAGCUGGGUUCUUCUGUCUGUAUUCUCCACAUGCCCAUGUCAUGUUUCCUCCCACAGUUCUAAUGCAGGUCAGGUCAACAAGAAACUCGAAAAUGCAUCAGUGUUCAGUAUGUUAGUCCUGUAACAACCUGGUGACAUGUAUUGUAUACUUGAAGGUUGACACAUUUCUUUUAAGUCAUGAUUUUCAUUCUUACAGCUUAAAAAACAAACAAUUAUGUGUAAGUAGCUUAGAAGAAAUCCUUAGUUUUUUUUUAUUAUAUCAUUCUGCUUAACAUUGUUCUAAAUUUUACAAAGAUGUUUCAUAACACUGUCAAAUGUUUUAAGGUAUUUGUUGAUUGUGCAUUAUCACUAUGUUGUUAUGGUUUUUCUGCCUUUCAUGACUGUGGUACUAUACCAGUGAAUAUUGUGUCUAUCUGUCAUGUUCUAAUCAAUGAGAUCCAUGGCUUUGAUUGACGAUUCAUGUUUAUACACAAUGCAGCAUCAGUCUUAAUGGUGAAGAUAUUUUUGUUGCCUGCAAUGUAGCUUAUCUGCCAGUACAAUUACAUUAGCUUAUAGAUCUAGUCAUGCUGCCUUGUCAAAAACAGUGUCAGGGCAACAUCUUAAUACAGGUAAGAUCUGAUCAUUUUCACUGUAAGAUGUGUGACUUUUCCAUCAGUGCUGUUGGGUGUAAUGCUGAUGAUAAUCUCUUCUGUUCAAUGUGCCCAUCAAUUUGAAUAAAUUAUGUCACCAAAAUACUAACAG